AUGAUAUAUUAACUCCUAAAAAAUAGAAACCGAAGACAAGACAAUCAAAUUAAAAACUCCAAGAAUGAAAAUAAAUAGAAAAAUAGCUUAAAAAUUAAAAAUAUAAAAACAUUUUAAAAAUAAAAAAAAAAUAUAAAAAACAUAAAAAAAAUAAACAACCAUAAACUAGAAAACAAUAAAAAAAUUAAUUAAACAAACAAACUUAAGAAAUAAGAAAAAAAUUAACAAAAAAAUAAAUAAUCUUAACAGAAAAAAAAUUAAAUUUAAAUAAAUGAAAAAAUUAGAAAAAUAAAUAUAAACAAACAAACAAACAACCAAACAAAUAAAUAAACUCAAAUACUGAAGAUUAAAAGAAUAAAUUUCAUUGAAAUCAUAUAAUAAUUAUUUCAUCUAAAUUCUAAACGCUCAUUUUUUUUAUUUAUUUAAUUAAAUUUACUCAUUUUAAUUUACUUAAAAUCUUUCUUUUUGUUUUUCAUUUUUGUUUAACGAUUUCAUAUUUUAUGA